CACAGGCAGCCGUCCCCGGUGCGAACCGAAAACUGCGGCGCGUCGUGGAAAAAUUGCGCGUAGGCCUAGAGCGUGGGAGUGCGCGAAAAGUUGAGAAAAUCCUGCAUCAGUACCCACAGCUGCUGGAACAUCAGUUUGAAGACGAUGCUGGAGGAUGGCGUCCUCUGCACGUGGCUGUUGUGUCUAUGAUUACAAAAGCAAAAAAACAUUGCUCAAAUGGGAGUAUCCGAAAGCGCGAUAGGAUGAGGGGGUGGCUUCGAGGAUUGAGGCCUCGAAUCUGCAUAAACGGCGGCGAAAAUGAUGGUGCAAGGUCAUCAGUAGUUUUCGGAGAUUCGGCGAUCGGAAAUGAGACUCAGUCUGCUGCAAAUCAAGAAGAUGAUUACUUGAGCUCUCGCCAGAAAACUUUGAGCGAAGAUAUAAAAAACGAUAGCAAUCAUGGAAUUCGGACACUGCGGGUUUUGCUUCGUCUAGGCGCCGACGUUAGCAGUACGACACAGUGUGGCGCAAAGCACACGGCGCUUAGCCUUGGGCUGACACAUCUGGGACGUCUACGCAGUUCAAGAAGCGGCGUCGACAGAGGAAAAGAAAUCUCGGCAGCGACAGAGGUCGAGAGGAGCAUUCGCAUUUUGCUUGAGGCUGGAUCGUCACUAUGGCACACAACCGGUGACACGUGCGACACGCCGUUGCAUUUAGCGAGCAAAAGCGGAUAUGCUGCUGUACUAAUUUGAUUCUCUUCCUUGUGUCGAAUCUAAGAUAGCAUACCCUUACGGAGCAUGAUAGAUCAGUUUUUGUGAUCCUUGUUUAUGUUUUGAUCUUUGCAAAAAGGAUUUGAAAUAAGCAUUUUUGUCGUGGAAGCGAAAGACGUUGCUUCAUUUCAGGUGUGUCGCUGCAUCCUCGAAUUUUGGAACGCUGCUCUAGCCACGCCGCAUGGGCAGGCGCGGCUUCGAAAGCAGAACGCAGAGAUUCGGAACCUUCCGUUUUUGCGGAAUGGGCGAGGAGAGCGACCCGUGGACGUCUCAUUCUCCUCAGAAGUAGUUGGCGCCUUUCGGUUUCAUUCACAUGGAGGAAGCAGUCCUCGUGGCGGUCGUUCGGCUUCGCCAUUGCGUGCCGGACGAUCACCCACGAACUUGUCCCGCGGAAGCCGCGAGUUUUUACCUCCGCUACGACGCAAUUCUCGUGCAGAUUUGGUCCACCGUUUGCUUAGCAGUCGACAUAGUAGAACAAGCAGGGCGUCCUUCAUCACCGGAGUUGGCCUCUCCCGUGGAAUGGGGUCACCGGGGGAAGCCAGUUCCUAUGGCGUGCGCGAAAACAGCGACAGCUUUCUGAGCCGAGCGUCAGACGACGACAUGCUUCUCACUAUUAACGAGGAAGCUAGAGGCACUUCAGCCCGUUCAUCACGACAGCGUGUCGGUGGAGUUCAAACGCCCUCGGUAGAAGAUACGGAACAAAAUCCAGCGCAAGAAGGAAACGCUGCUCUUGCAGGAUUUCAACUGCAUGAGCCUGAGCAGCUUGUUCGGCAAACUACAUAUGAUAACGAGAAAGGUAGCGCCAGUGACGACUCAUGUUCCACCAUUGAGGGGCGAACAUCUUCAUCUUCAGCAACAUCACCGGAUACGAGUACUGCAGGGACGGAAACAUGCCCGAGUAGUGCAGGACAAUCAUUCCUAGCAACUAGCACGCGAACCAUGAGUAAAAAACCACCGCUAAGACGACCAGCGAAGCCCUAUCUCAAGAGUUGCCUUUCGCGUCAGCGAAAUGGAGGGUCUGCUGCAGACAAUGAAGCUCAAAGUGAUGAAGCAUCAUCUGCCGCCACGUCUUUCGCAGGAGGUUGUGUUCAGGACACUGCUGUAGUUGCGCCGCAUUCUUCGGGGGACAACAGGAUGAUGACACGUCAGGACUCCACGUCGAGGUCGACAAAUUGCAGUGUCCGGACCAUGCUUCCAGCAACAACUGCAGCUAACCACCAAGCUUGUAGCGCCGCAGUAGCGACUCAUAUUGCUACUCAAGUGGGUGAAGGAUCACACACGACAAUUCGCGCAAGCAGAGCUACGACGAUGCAAGAGAAACAGUGCGUUAAUUCACACGGGGCGACUAGUACUAGUAGAGACCAAGAGAAUACUGGAGGAGUGACAAUUUCCACUACUCUAUCCGCUUCGUUUGCGAGCGGAGACGAGGAUAGCGUUCUUGUUGUGAAACAUGCCACUCCAGAAUGCUUUCGUGUAAAGCGCAUGCUUGGCAAAGGCUCCUUUGGUGAGGUGUAUGAAGUACGGCACAAGGAAACAAAUCGUGUCUACGCUCUCAAAGUCUUGCACAAGAAUCGCGUUCUGAAAAAAGGCCUGGUAUUAAGUCAUUUUCAAUUGUAGAUCUUGAGCGUCGAUCCCACAUGAAGAUCUUUAGGCUUGUCAUGUCGUACCAGGCAGUGGCGUCUGAACCCCUACCUUAUGUUAUCUGAAGAUAUGGCCGCACUCUGCCUGUGCCGAGCUUGUCUAGAAGCACUUCUUUCAGAUCUCGUCUCUACGGUCAUCAGGAAACUUGGCAACAGGGAUAUACGCAUGCACUUUUUUGAAGUUUGAAGCUUUACACCAACUUGCUGGUGCAGCACCUGCACCUCGUUUUGCAAUGAAUUAGAACAGCAACUGCACAUCCACCUGCAGCUGCUGCUUAUUAUCUAGGAGUUGUUGCUCUUGAGGUCUCAUCCUGUCUUACAUCCCCUCUCGUCAGAUGCGGUACGCUUCUACAGAGCGCAGGGUUCUGUCGUACAGCAGCAGUCAUCCGUUUAUUGUCCAUCUGCACUAUGCAUUCCAGAAUUCUAGUCGCCUAUUUCUUUGUCUCGAGUACUGUCCUGGUGGCACCCUGCAGACUUUGAUCGGACGACUGAAGCGACUACCGGAGCGACCACUCGCGCGUUUGUACGCUGCACAGAUUCUUCUUGCCUUGGAAUUUCUGCACGACCGGGGAAUCCUAUACCGCGAUAUGAAACCGGACAACAUCGUCCUUGACGCCCAUGGACACUGCUAUCUUACAGAUUUCGGACUCUCGCGGGAAACAGGGAAGGCGUUUUUUCCGCGUUCCAAAGGAGGUAACACCAGUUGUGGCGUCCACCAGAACAAAUGCAGCACUCUGGGUGGAGGAAAUCACGGAAUUGCUUCUCCGGCAGCAACGACGCCAAGUAGUGAGGAAGGCGCCGGAUGUAGCAAAUCGGGAAGCACGGCAAGCAAUGGCGCGUCUUGUCUAGCCGACAGCUUUUGCGGGAGCGUGGCGUACUCGAUCUGUUUUCUUUUGGUAGAUGUAGAAGAUGCUGAUGUAUCUGGUGUCCUGGUGGACACUGAGAGUGAGAUCAGAGAUCUUCAGUAACAUUCUUCAGUGCUACAUGAUUGAUACCUAGAAAUUUGAAUUUUCUUAUUCAUAUUCACAUACACAUACUCAUACAGGUAUCUUGCGCCGGAGAUGCUGCGCCGUCAGGGGCACUGUCAUACGUUGGACAUCUACGGUCUAGGUGUUCUUUUGUUUGAGAUGCUCUCCGGUAUUCCUCCAUUCUACACGCGCGAUCGGCGGCGAUUGUUCCGCAAUAUUGUAGAAGUUGAUGUCGAGGAGCUCCUACGGAAAUUUUCUUGCUGCUGGACCAAAUCGAGUGAUGACUCCUCUGUCACAGGGGCUUCCUCGUGCGCUUCGUCUGUGACUCAUGGAGCUGCCGGAGUUUCGUCAUCAGGAGCGUCCUGUGGAACGAUGCGCCGCGCGUCUACAGGGAUGGCCGCUUGUUCGACCAACGCGGAGGUCGAAGCCCAGAGAUUAUCCGGAGCAUUGUCUUCUUCGUCACGAUUACGAUUGUCAGCAGAAGCGUACGAUUUGAUCUGUACGUUGAUGGAUAAGAAACCGACGAGGCGCCUGGGUUCCCGUCGCACGAGCGACAUUCGCGGGCAUGCUUUCUUUGAGGGGUUAGACUUUUUUUGGGUCUCAAACAAACGUGGGUACGCGCCAGUACCGAUGCUACGCCAGAUCCUGGAUGCCACGGAACCCGCGGACGUGGCAAACGGAUGCCCUUCGCCAAAUACGAACGGAGGUCCCUAUCUCGCUCGCAAGUUGGACCCAGAGGAAUUCGUUGUGGAACAUAGGUAUAUUGAAGAAGGAGGGGGCAGCGGUUCCUUGAGCACGACACGACUUCCACCUAUGGAUGAAUUCAACCCAGAAGCGAAUGAUGUCGUCCCUUCACGGUCUACAACAAGAGCCUGCUCGUCUGCGAGUAAUUCCGCGUCCCCGAUGCCGAUGCAGAAUGAAUCUUCAGGGGAGUACGAACUGUUUGAGAUCGUCGGGCUGGUCGCUUCUCCUGUUGAUCCACGGGCCGCCGAUUUAUCGCCAACUGAGCUUUCCGCGAUGCGGCCCGUUCUACCGGUGCCAACGCCGGAGGCUAACGACGUACCAUUCUGGGAAUACACAAUGCCAAAGCCACAAGAGGCUGUCCUGGAAUUCAAAAGCUAG